AUGCUGUCGCCGCUGCCCCGCGCUAUCUCAGGGGGGCCGUCCCUCACCUCGCCCUUACGCAGCCACCCCCAGCCCCACCCAGGCACUCAGACACUCCCCCAGCAAGUCCCCAGUCCCACCCAAGCACCCAGACUCUCCCCCAUCGAGCCGCCAGCCACCCCUCGCUAUCAUUCCCACCCAGGCACUCAGAUACUCCCCCAGCUAGUCACCUGUCCCACCCAAGCACCCAGACUCUCCCCCAUCAAGCCCCCAGCCACCCCUCGCUAUCAUUCCCACCCAGGCACUCAGACACUCCCCCAGCAAGUCCCCAGUCCCACCCAAACACCCAGACUCUCCCCCAUCAAGCCCCCAGCCACCCCUCGCUAUCAUUCCCACCCAGGCACUCAGACACUCCCCCAGCAAGUCCCCAGUCCCACCCAAGCACCCAGACUCUCCCCAUCAAGCCCCAGCCACCCCUCGCUAUCAUUCCCACCCAGGCACUCAGACACUCCCCCAGCAAGUCCCCAGUCCCACCCAAGCACCCAGACUCUCCCCAUCAAGCCCCAGCCACCCCUCGCUAUCAUUCCCACCCAGGCACUCAGACACUCCCCCAGCAAUUCCCCAGUCCCACCCAAGCACCCAGACUCUCCCCCAUCAAGCCCCCAGCCACCCCUCGCUAUCAUUCCCACCCAGGCACUCAGACACGCCCUCAUGACGUCCCCAGUCCCACCCAUGCACCCAGACUCUCCCCCAUCAAGCCCCCAGCCACCCCUCGCUAUCAUUCCCACCCAGGCACUCAGACACUCCCCCAGCAAGUCCCCAGUCCCACCCAAGCACCCAGACUCUCCCCAUCCCCCCAGCCACCCCUCGCUAUCAUUCCCACCCUGGCACUCAGACACUCCCCCAGCUAGUCCCCUGUCCCACCCAAGCACCCAGACUCUCCCCCAUCAAGCCCCCAGCCACCCCUCGCUAUCAUUCCCACCCAGGCACUCACACACUCCCCCAGCAAGACCCCAGCAAGACCGCAGCCACCCCUCGCUCUCAGCCGCACCCAGGAACCCAGACACUCCCCCAGGAAUCUUGGCUCCUGUCGUCCGCCGCUCUCACCCCAGUCUUGCCUCCUGUCCUCCGCCGCUCUCACCCCAGUCUUGCCUCCUGUCCUCCGCCGCUCUCACCCCAGUCUUGCCUCCUGUCGUCCGCCGCUCUCACCCCAGUCUUGCCUCCUGUCGUCCGCCGCCCUCACCCCAGUCUGGGCUCCUGUCGUCCGCCGCUCUCACCCCAGUCUUGCCUCCUGUCGUCCGCCGCCCUCACCCCAGUCUUGGCUCCUGUCGUCCGCCGCCCUCACUCCAGUCUUGCCUCCUGUCGUCCGCCGCCCUCACUCCAGUCUUGCCUCCUGUCGUCCGCCGCCCUCACUCCAGUCUUGGCUCCUGUCGUCCGCCGCCCUCACCCCAGUCUUGCCUCCUGUCGUCCGCCGCCCUCACCCCAGUCUGGGCUCCUGUCGUCCGCCGCCCUCACUCCAGUCUUGCCUCCUGUCGUCCGCCGCCCUCACCCCAGUCUGGGCUCCUGUCGUCCGCCGCCCUCACCCCAGUCUUCUUGGCUUCUGUCGUCCGCCGCCCUCACCCCAGUCUGGGCUCCUGUCGUCCGCCGCCCUCACCCCAGUCUUGGCUCCUGUCGUCCGCCGCCCUCACUCCAGUCUGGGCUCCUGUCGUCCGCCGCCCUCACCCCAGUCUUGUCUCCUGUCGUCCGCCGCCCUCACUCCAGUCUGGGCUCCUGUCGUCCGCCGCCCUCACCCCAGUCUUCUUGGCUUCUGUCGUCCGCCGCCCUCACCCCAGUCUGGGCUCCUGUCGUCCGCCGCCCUCACCCCAGUCUGGGCUCCUGUCGUCCGCCGCCCUCACUCCAGUCUUGGCUCCUGUCGUCCGCCGCCCUCACCCCAGUCUGGGCUCCUGUCGUCCGCCGCCCUCACACCAGUCUUGCCUUCUGUCGUCCGCCGCCCUCACCCCAGUCUUGGCUUCUGUCGUCCGCCGCCCUCACUCCAGUCUUGGCUCCUGUCGUCCGCCGCCCUCACCCCAGUCUUGGCUCCUGUCGUCCGCCGCCCUCACUCCAGUCUUGCCUUCUGUCGUCCGCCGCCCUCACCCCAGUCUUGCCUUCUGUCGUCCGCCGCCCUCACUCCAGUCUUGGCUCCUGUCGUCCGCCGCCCUCACCCCAGUCUGGGCUCCUGUCGUCCGCCGCCCUCACUCCAGUCUUGCCUUCUGUCGUCCGCCGCCCUCACUCCAGUCUUGCCUUCUGUCGUCCGCCGCCCUCACUCCAGUCUUGGCUCCCGUCGUCCGCCGCCCUCACUCCAGUCUUGGCUCCCGUCGUCCGCCGCCCUCACUCCAGUCUUGCCUCCUUUCGUCCGCCGCCCCGCUCCCUGACUCCUGUCGUCCGCCGCCCCGCUCCCUGACUCCUGUCGUCCGCCGCCCCGCUCCCUGA